UAGCUCACUGCUGCCUGUACGGCUGGGACAGAUCAAGUGUACGAAGUUUUGUGCGUUUGACCUGCUCUCCGAGCAAUUUACAUUCAUUUGCUUUUCGCAAUACUUCGAAGAGAUAAAAUUGAUACCAUCGGAACAGGAAUUCCGGAUCAGAUUUUUUCCACCCUCGCAUGAAAGAACAAUAGUUUGGAGCUGUAUAUUGUUGGAGCGAGUUUUGUGACUUCAUCAUGAGUGCUGUUGUGGCCACUGAGGGCCUGUUCUUCUCCGCCUUACAGCCCAGCUCUUCGGUCACCACAUAUGCGGUCCCGUCCGAUGACCAGCUCGGGACGAAAUCCAAACGCGUCCAGCAGCAGGUCCAGCAGCGCUUGGCGGAGAAAGCAUCAUCCUUAUACCGACCGAACGCAUCUCAGUACAGCUCAACAGAAUUUAAUGGCUCGUCCUCCAUGAGAUACCAAACCAAAGGCCCUGGAUUCAGUUCCAAGUCUCUUGCCCCCAAUGGCAACAGAACAAUGGCAACCCCCCGAUUAUCUCAGUGUGCAGGCGGAUUUUCCUCUCGCUCUGCAGUAGAAAUGGGCACUCAGCACAGAAUUAGCCGUGGUGUCCCCAUUCCUGCAGUAGUAGGACGUCCAUACAUGCUCCAAGAUGACACACAUAUGUCUGGCUCUUACAUCAACCAGAUGCCAACAAUUGACUCUAGAACUAUGAGUCGGACUGAGCAGGAGGCAGCAUCAAUGGGCGUGCAUACAUUGCAACACUAUUCAUCUCCUGUGGCCAACUGGAUGCCAUCUUAUGGUCAAAGCCCUUCGCCAAAUGUGGUGCACAAGCAACACACCCUCAGUGGAACCUUGGAACCGGAGGGAUUCAGCAGAGGCUGGAGGGAGUCUGAGUUUGGUCAUCAAUAUUCAUUUAAAGGCCCCUCUCACCGUACCAUCAGCCGCAUAAAUAAUCGGCAGGUGCCGCAACAACAACAGCAAAAGAUGGGUGGCAGCUCAAUGCACUGGCAGCAGAUGUCCACUGGGGGCAGCAGUCUUAUUGGUGCCGGGCUUUACCAGGGUACCAUAAAGAGAGCAGGGUCUGUGCAUAGUAUGAAGAGUGUUGGUCGUGGUGUGGAUGUAUGUGAUGAAUUGGCAGAUGGAACCGUAGAUGCUCUUGGAGGAAUCCAUAACCUGGACAUGACCACAGCAGUCAGUUAUCUUUCUUCCACUGACGUUGCCAUGCAGAUGUUGGGAGCAGCCUACAUACAGCAUCAGUGUUACCACAGUAAUGAGGCCAAGAGCAUGGUGCGGAAUCUGAAGGGCAUCCAAGCUUUAGUCCAGCUGUUCAGCAGUGAGAACCAGGAGGUGCAGCGCUAUGCCACAGGUGCUACACGCAAUCUCAUCUACGAGAAUAUGGACAACAAGACAACUCUUAUUGAAGCUGGUGGAAUUAGCAAACUAAUUGGUGCUUUAAGAGAACAAGAUGAUGAACUGCGCAAAAAUAUCACAGGUAUUUUGUGGAAUCUGUCUUCUAAAGACAGUCUAAAGGAGAAGUUGGCCAGAGAGAGCUUGUCUGAGCUGACAGAGAGAGUGCUUGUACCUCUAUCAGGAGGUGGAGAUGCUGGUGUCAUUCAACAGAGUGUGUCUGAGGCUGAUAUAUUCUACAACACCACAGGCUGCCUCAGGAACCUGAGCUCAGUAAAUCAAAGAACCAGGCAGCAGAUGCGGGAUACUCAAGGUUUGGUGGACUCUCUGGUUGGAUACAUUCAAAACUCUCUACAGGACGGGAAAAGUGAGGACAAGGGUGUAGAGAAUUGUGUAUGUGUUCUGCGCAACCUGUCCUACCAGCUGUACUCUGAGAUCCCAGCCUCAGUUCAGAUGCGCUUGGAAGGGCCCACUCGAGCACAGGAUACACGGCACAGCGACCCCAUUGGCUGUUUCACCCCACAAAGCAAAAAGGCAAAAGAUCAGAAGAAUCAAGAGCUGUCCACCUUCUCUGAAGUUUCCAGAGUCCCUAAAGGUGCAGAGUGGCUUUGGCACCCACAAAUAGUCACCCUGUACAACAGCGUCCUGCAGAGCUGCGAGACAAACACAGCCACAGGAGAGGCUGCGUCUGGAGCCCUGCAGAACAUCACAGCGGGGGAGGCCAGGUGGGCCUCAGUGUUGAGUCGUGUGGCACUAGAGCAGGAGCGGAUGUUGCCAGUGAUUCUUGACCGGUUACGAAGCCCCACCGAUUCAGAGCUCCGUUCUCUCACGGGUUUGCUGAGGAAUCUCUCCCGACACAGCAAAAACAAAGCUGACAUGGCUACCAAAGUGGUAAACAUUCUAGUGGCCAAACUCCCCAGUGACGGACAUCAGAAAGACCCUUCUAGUGACGUGGUGGUCAACAUUUGUGGGGUUCUCAACAAUCUGGUUACAGCAAGCUCUGUGGCUGCAAGAGAUAUCACUUUCUUUGAUGGACUUCCCAAGCUGGUCAGCAUUAAGACAUCCCAUGACAACAGUCCUGGGAAGCUGAAAGCGGCCAGGGCUGCCUCCACCGUUCUGUGCAACAUGUUUCAGUACAGCAAACUCCACAGAGACUACAAACAGAAAGGGUUCACAAAGCGAGAUUUCACUGAUGCAACCAUCUAAUCUGUGUCCAUAAUUCAGUACUAAACAACUUAAAAGAACAAGAUGGCAAUCGACACCUAUAGGAUUUUUCCUGCCUUUACCACCAAGUACCCUAGGGUCCACCAAAGUCACAAUGGGAAUGCAACCAGCCUCUCUCAUCCACAGUGAAGCAGCUGAGAAAAUUAAGUUUUUACUAGAGUAUAAAUUUGAGUUUGCAACACCCUUGAGUAUUACAAAUGCCAGAGAUGUAGAGGAAUGCUUGCAGAGCACAACAUCUAACAGGCAGACCCAGAUGCGUGUUUGUCUUGGUUGAAUUAAUUACAUAAACCUUUAGGUCUGGGAUAGGGCAACACAUUGAAAUUAAAUGUUAGCUCCCAUUAGUUCAUUGCAGCAACACAUUACUUUGAACAAUUCAAAGGCUAAUUAUUUGACCAAGGCCUGCUUCUUUUGCAUAGAUUGUAUGAUGAAGCUUAUCAAUCUUUUCCUAAAUGGGUUUACAUUUUUCUAAAUAAUUUUGUAGGAGCUCACAAUUAAAGAGUCAGAUUUGCUCAUGGUUUAUUAAUAAAUAACUUUGCUUUUUAUAUAUCAACGCUAGUUGAACAGUUUUAUUGGCAUUGGUGUGCAAAAGAGUUAACACAUUGUAUGACAUCUGAAUAACCUUUGGAACUGAAUAUUAUGAAAGCACAUAUAGAACAGUCAGUGCCUUUUAAAAAAAAAAUAGAAAUGCAUAUUUAGACAUUUGUAUUCAUAAGCAAGUCCAUUCCAUUCAUGAGCAUUGUAUAGGAAUUCACUACGUUGUUGUGUGCCAGAUAUAAUGAAUGCAUUAAACCAAUAACCACAAAUCAUCUUGAUAUAAUAUGUUAAUAUUCUGUUAAAAACCAAGCUUUGUGUGCAAUGUGCAUUAAAUCAAACUUACUGUCUACUUUAACAAACAUCAUUCACACAUUAACUAAAUAGCUUUUUUUUUCUCUAUUAAAAGUUUUUCCAAUGUUGUGUGUUUUGGCUUACACUUUUUGCAUUUAUCUCCUCCAGACUUUUUUUUUUUUUUUUUUUUGCAGACACUCCCUCUCCCUGCUCAUCAACAUCGUUGUUUAAUCCAUUUCUGCAUUCCAGCAUAUUUUUAAAUCCAUUGUGGUGUUUAUUAAAGAAAUUAAAGACCGUUCACAGUAGAUUCUCUUGACCUUUAAGGCUGUGAACUGCCAUGAAAAACUGCUGUGAACAGCCUUGUGUAUGCAUACACAACACUUUUGUUAGUGUGUGCGGGUAUUUCCUGAGGGAAAUGGCCGAUAAGUUGGAAGGAAUUAGGGGUCAGUGUAUGAUUGUUGUGGUUGGCUGUUAGUUGAGUGCAUGGGAGUAACUGAUCAAAAACAGCUUCCUCUUCAAGAUAGGGAAAGAAUUGUGAAAUGCUGGAUUGUAAAUUGUGAACUUUUUCUUAAGACGUCAUGGAGACAGAUAGUUGUAAAGAGAGGGAGGGUGGAAUA